CCGGGCGACCGUGCGCUCAGAGACCGCAGCCCUUCUGCCCCCUCCCGGCCAGUUCCAGCUCGCCGCUGCUGCAUGGGGCGCCGCCGGCGGCCGAGGGAGCGUGACUGCGCUGCGCAGGGCGCUAGGAGGCAUUGUCGCCGUCCCUUUAUGAGCAGCAGACCAGCCUGGUGGCUGGCAGCAGGACACCUGAGUCUGCAUGCUGAGGAAGAUGGGUGAGGCCGUGGCCAGAGUUGCGAGGAAGGUCAACGAGACAGUGGAGAGCGGCUCCGACACCCUGGACCUGGCCGAGUGCAAGCUGGUUUCCUUCCCCAUCGGCAUCUACAAGGUCCUGCGAAAUGUCACCGACCAGAUCCACCUCAUCACGCUGGCCAACAACGAGCUCAAGUCCCUCACCAGCAAGUUCAUGACCACGUUCUGUCAGCUCCAAGAGCUCCACCUGGAAGGGAACUUCCUGCACAGCCUCCCCAACGAGGUCAGCACCCUACAGCACCUCAAGGCCAUCGACCUGUCCCGGAACCAGUUCCAUGACUUCCCUGAGCAGCUCACCACCCUGCCUGCGCUGGAGACCAUCAAUCUGGAGGAGAACGAGAUCGUGGACGUGCCCGUGGAGAAGCUGGCCGCCAUGCCCGCCUUGCGCAGCAUCAACCUGCGCUUCAACCCGCUGAAUGCCGAGGUGCGCGUCAUCGCCCCGCCGCUCAUCAAGUUCGACAUGCUCAUGUCUCCGGAGGACGCGCGGGCCUCCCCACCCUAGGCCUCCCUCCUCAAGCCCGCCCAGCAAGGGACAGAGGCCACCUGGCCUGGCGCCCUGAGGGGAGGGAGUCCCACGAGCCCAUGGGAGGCCAAGUUUGGGGGGCUGGGGGCGGGCGGGCUGAAUAGCGUGUGGCGGGAGGGGUGUGGCAGUCCAGGAUAGAUAGCGUAGAGCAGUAGUGGGCCCUGGAAUGCCCGGAGGGAGGAGGCGAGGAGGGGGCUGGGGCCCAGACUCUGGGCACUCACAGCUUCCGUGCAAACCUGGGCAGAUCCUCUGAGCCUUACAAUUUGAGGAAAGGGGCAAUGGCAGGGGCUUUUGCCUCCUUUGGGCUCCCUAAAGGCUUUUGGGGGAACACAUGCCUCCAAGUUACCUUCAAAUCAUUGGUACCUUCUGGGCCCACGGAUGAGCAUCGCUGAGCGUUUUCCAGGCCCUUGUGGGUUCGAGGCCUUGUUUCUAGUGCUGAAAGCCAGUGGCUGCCAUAAGAGGGACAGAAAACAAUCUCCAUCUAUUUAUUGAUUCCUGAGAACCGACCAGGCUGAGGCCUUCCACAGUGCCCCGUCCUCAGCCCUGUGGGUCCCUGGAUUGGCAGGAACCUGAACCAGGAGUCGUGGGAAAGCUGUGGAGACAGUGUGGCCCGACACUGUAGCAGGGUUGAGAACGUUUGUAUAGGAGCCCAAGAACCAGCAGACCGGCAAGUGGAGAGCAAACCAAGUAGGCUCUGUCCUUCCUCGUGACUGAGAAAUCGGUGGGGUAGGCAGUCAGGAGUGCCCCAUCCCUCCCCUGGGCAUGAGCGAGGGUGCCUGGCAUCAGCCCUUCUGCUGCAGGAGACGUGGCCCAGAGAGAAGCAAAGCCAUUUGCACCUGCGCCACCCUCAACAGUCUCCCUCUGGCAGGAGUCUGGCUGCCUUGUCACUGGUCCACACAGGGGCAGAAGGCACUAUGGACCAUUGGAUUCGUGGCCAGCCAGCUCCCAGGCCACCACCCAGAGCCCUGAUGACCUAGUCAUCUCUAGGCCCUCAACCUGGAGUCUAGAGUGUGGCCAGGUAAUUGCGUGACCAACCAUCUCUGUUUGCCCGGGACUUAGGGCUUUCCUGGGACGUGGGACUUUCAGUGCUAACACUGGGAUGACACCCGGCAAACGGGCAACUGGUCCCUCUACCAGGAGAGAGCCUGAGGCUCUUGCUUCCUGACAACACCUGUGGUUUGGAGAACCUCUGACCCCUUGAUCCCCAGGUAUCUACCUCCCACCUUCUCAUCUGUGGAGCAAGCAGACUCAGAGCCCACCUUGCCUGGUCUGUGGGAGACACCUGAGGCCCCAGGACUCAGAGCAAGCCAGGCUACCGGAUCCUACACUUGUGGACCAGGGGCCAGUCUUCCACUCCCAAGGUUAGGCUGUUCAGAGCUCAGACCACCGCUCAGAGCACUAACCCUUGAUCAGAAUGCUCCCUGUUCCAUUCCCCCUCUCCAGCUCCGAGCCCUGCCCCUGCUCAGGCCUUCUGUCUCCUGGCGAGAGGCUGACAGGUUGGGCCAUUGUUGGCCCGUUGCUGAGCCCUCGGUGUUCAUGUUCACUCUGCUCAUCUCCCAAGGCCUGGUCGGUGAAGCUCUAGAAAAAAGGGUUUUCAGGGUGAGGAGGCUGAAACGGAAUCUUCUAGGGCUUCUGAGUUCAGCCAUGGACGCUGGGGACAAGUGAGUCUGCAGUCCAGCCUAGGCUGUCCUGGUCCCCCCUACCCCCCAGCCUGUGUCUUGGAGUGGGGUUUCUCCUUGUCAGAGAAGGGGCAUACUCUUCCGACAUGCACAAAGGCGUUGUAUGGCUAGAGCUUUGCAACUCAAGUAUGGUCCGUGGGCCAGCAGCAUUGGCGUCCACGGGAGCUCGUUAGAAACGCAGAAUCCCAGGCCUCACUCCAGACCUCCGGAAUCAGAACCUGCAUUUCAAAAGAUCCCCAGGUGAUUCCUAUGAGCACUUUACUGUUGGAAAAGCAGAGGCCUGGGGUGACCCUCGGGAUGUCCUCAGAGUGGAGGGUGAAGGUUCUCAGCUCUCCCCCUGCCCUGUCAGGGGUCCGAGUCUGUGCUCAUCCCCCUCCCUAAAGCAGUCCCCAGAGACCUUGGGCCUCUUAGAUCUUUCCAGAGUCUGUGUGGCACUCCCAGUGAAGGGACUGACCCAAAGCCACCAGGAGAGGAGAGCUGGGUUUGCCCGGCCCUCUGGAACCCUGCCUUUCUGGGUAACCUCUGCAUGCUAAGCUGCUGCUUCCCCAGGUCCUCACCUCAAGCCCUCUGAAGGGAAUGCUUCUGGAAGCUGUUUUCUACUCUGUUUGGAGAGUUUGCCCUUGCCUGCUGGGAAAGCUUGGGCGUCAGAGACGGCCCCAAAUCAAAGCCCACUGUGUGAGUGAGCCCUUAGUUUCAGUCUGCAAUAAAGAACACGUUGGUUUCA